CGCAGUGUGCUGCAGCACGGUGGUGAUCCAGCAUGCCAUUCCUACUUGUGCUCCUCGUAGCACUCAUGUGCCAGGAGGGCAUCCAUAGCAAACCUCUCAACUCGUUGAUUGGCCCCUUCAUUGCUUACGCUGAACGCUUUUACCUGUGUGAACCAGACAACCACCCGCUUCCAUGGAGCUGGCAUUUGCGUGUCACUCACUUUAACCCAUACAAACCAAGGGAGUUACAACUCGUGACAGGCAAUGUCACGUUUGCAAAUGUAACUUUUGACAACAGCUGUUGGAUUAAAGUGGUUGCGGAUAAUUGGUCAAACAAUCAAUGGAAGGAAAACGCAUUUAUCUUUUAUUUUAGAAGGAAUGCAUGUCAAGCUGUUAGAACAAAUAUCCCAGGAUUCUACGAGUCAGUGUUGAAGAAAGAAACUAAAGGCGCGUGCGCAGUGAAAUGGAUUCAUGGGCUUUGCUGCCUCUCAGCCAAUUCCUCGACGACAGGAUGCCCGCGAACGUGGUGGCCCGCAGCAUGUCAACCACGCCGCGUCUGAAAACGAAAGGCCCCACUCCGGCUCGCUGUCGGCUAGCAUCGCAUCCAUGUAUGCUGCAGCAACCGAAGCGCCGAAGCCCCGAAGCCCCCAGUAACCACGGUGCGUUCGCGGAAACAUCACAUCAAACAAGGCCUCCUUCACCGUAUGGCGCGUGGAAUUCCCUGGCAAAAAGAGUAAUGUAGCGCAUAUGCCAUACGCACGCUCUGUUUCACUUGCUCAUCGCUGGCGUAACGCUACAUGUACUGACUAAACUAAACACCAACGAACUCCAUUUGCUGCCGCUGACGUUCGGCGCACAAGGAACGUUUUCGCAAAA